CACAAUACCUUGCAAGUAAAUUAGCCUUUCAGCAAAGGGCAAAUCGGUCCAUAAUGGCCCUAUAAAUUAAAAACCCUCUGGGUCCAAUUCUCCCUCACUCACACCAAAACAUAAUAAUAAGAAGAACCAACAACAAUACGAUGAUUACAGGGGACGAUUUGUACAAGGUGAUGUGCGCCAUGGUGCCGCUAUAUUUCGCAAUGUUGGUGGCUUAUGUUUCGGUGAAAUGGUGCAAGAUGUUCAGCCCCGACCAAUGUUCCGGAAUCAACAGAUUCGUGGCAGUGUUCGCUGUUCCGGUGCUUUCCUUCCACUUCAUUUCGCUCAACAACCCAUACCAAAUGGACGCAAAGUUCAUCAUAGCGGACACGCUCUCCAAGAUCAUCGUGCUUCUCUUGCUCUCGCUUUGGACCCUCUUCUUCGCCAAAGGCUCCUUGGAGUGGCUCAUCACUCUCUUCUCACUCGCCACCUUGCCUAACACACUCGUCAUGGGUAUCCCCCUCCUCCAAGCCAUGUACGGCGACUUCACCCAAUCCCUCAUGGUGCAACUCCUAGUCCUUCAAUGCAUCAUAUGGUAUACUCUACUACUGUUCCUGUUCGAGUACAGAGCGGCGACCCUUUUGAUCGAGAGGCAGUUCCCGGGGCAAGCGGCGGCGUCCAUAACGAAAAUCGAGGUGGACGGCGACGUCAUAUCGCUCGACGGCCACGACAUGCCGCUGCGGACGGAGUCCGAGACCGACGACCACGGCCGGAUUCGGGUGCGGAUCCGCCGCUCCAUUUCGUCGGCGCCGGAGACCAACUCCUCCGUCGGCAACACCGCCGUCACUCCGAGGCCCUCCAACCUCUCCAACGCCGACAUAUUCUCGAUCAACACGCCGCUGCACCUCCACGACGGCGACCUCCCCGCCGCCGCCAGCCCCCACCUCUCCGGCUACGCCUCCUCCGACGCCUACUCGCUGCAGCCCACGCCGCGCGCCUCCAACUUCAACGAGAUGGAGGCCGGCACCCCCGUCUGGGGGAGGUCGCCGGUCGUCGCCGGGAGAGUCUGCCGGCAGUCGUCUCCGGCGGCGAGGGUGGUCUGGGAGUCGCCGGGAAAAUGCCUUGGAGAAGAGAGACAAGGUUGCAAAGAUAUUACUAUGUCAGAUAAAGAAAUCAGCUUCAGAGACAGCACCAAAGUCUCAAUGCCAGGAGAAGCUACAGGCCCCAAAGACGCAGUUGCUAAUAACCAAAAAAUGCCACAUGCCUUUGUCAUGAUGAGGCUUAUACUCGUCGUAGUGGGGAGAAAACUUUCUCGAAACCCUAAUACAUAUUCUAGUGUAUUAGGACUUCUUUGGUCUCUAAUCUCUUUCAAAUGGAAUAUGGAAAUGCCUAGUCUUGUCAAAUCAUCCGUCAAAAUCAUCUCCGAUGCGGGCCUUGGGAUGGCCAUGUUUAGCUUAGGGCUUUUCAUGGCCCUUCAGCCUCGUAUCAUAGCCUGCGGUACCAAAAGGGCUGUGAUAGGCAUGGCCAUUCGCUUCCUUUGUGGCCCUCUUGUAAUGUCUGCCACCUCCAUUGCAAUUGGAUUAAGACAAGACAGACUACACACUGCCAUUGUACAGGCUGCUCUUCCUCAGGGGAUAGUGCCAUUUGUAUUUGCAAGGGAAUAUGGACUGCACCCUGAUAUUUUGAGCACAGGGGUUAUCUUUGGCAUGUUAGUUUCCUUACCGAUAACUCUCCUAUAUUACAUAUUUCUUGGCUUGUGAAGGGCGAGAAAAAAGCUACAACCUCAGUGCAUUGAAGAAAAAGUAUGAUCCAAAGUUUGAAACUAUAAUAACCCUGCUAGACUAGGUGGGGUAAUAUUAUAUAUAUAUCGGAAAGCUUCUAUGUUUCCUCAUAAUUCUGUCAGAACCGACCACCAUUAUAUAUGAAGGCUUUCGAUUAUUGUAGACACUACCUGCGGAGAAGGUUGACUUUGGUAAGGGAAAACUUUUUCAAAAGCCACAAGUGUCAUGGUUGUACGUAAUAGAGGGGUGUGACAGAGAUGACACAUAGUAGUAGCUAGGAUUUAUAGUUCUCAACAUGGCCUGCUACAUAGAUUAGUGGUAGCCGAAAGGGAAAUAAAUAUUAUCAUGACCAAUUAUUAAGGUAGGAAACUUGCUUUCUUGUUGGAGGUUGGAAAAGCUUGAGGGAACAAAUGUUGACCCCUCCUCCCCCCAUGAAAAAGUUGGAAGGUGACACUUAGCCAGAUUUAUGGCCCUCUGAGGUGAUUUAUCUUUUUGUCUUCAAUAUAUCAAACCAAUGAGAAUAUAGUAAUUGAUUGUACGUGAAACAGAUGCCUCAUCGCUAUAGAAUUUGAAAACUGAAAAGCAGA